GAAGAAGACUCAACGGCUGGGCAUUAUGGAAGUCUUCGUAUUACGGAUUGAAGAUCCAGGUUGCUUUUGGGUUACUAUGAAAGGAUGUGGGCCUCAUGUAGUUGAUGAAAUAGAGUAUAAAAAGCUGAACGCAGAAAUGAAUCAGUUCUAUGACAAAGCUUGUGAAGAUGAAGUAAAGCCAAUAACAUUAGAAAAAGACCAGCUUUGUGUGGUUUUCAGCGAGGAGCUGAAGUGCUGGUGUAGAGCAGUUGUUAAGACGAUCAUGUACUGUGCAGACCAUUAUCAAAUAGAAUGUUUUCUAGUGGAUUAUGCAAAGUAUGUUUUUGUUAAAUCAAAACAUGUUCGAGUUGCAGUGGAAGAAUUUAUGCAAAUCCCAUUUAGAGCAAAAAAAUGUGGAUUGUAUCGCACAAAGCCUGUGACCUUGCAUGUCAACCUCUGUGAAGAUAUAGCAAAAAUAGUACCAGCCAAAAGAUGGGAUAAUGCUGCUACGCGGUAUUUUCAAAGUCUUCUGGAAGCAACUACACAAAUCAAAGCGAAGUUAUGCUCUGUGGAAGAUGAUACAUUUCAUGUUAUUCUUUAUGUGACAAUAGAAGAUGAAAAGGUAUGCAUUAAUGAUGAUCUUGUCUUAAAGAAGUUUGCUCAUUUUGAGGAAGCUGAAGAGAGUGUUCAAAGUCCAACGAAAGAACAAUAUAACCAGACAUCUUUAAAUGUUGAUUCUCCUCCAGUAGAAAUUGUUAAUCCAGCACUUGCUUUCAGGCUAGUGUGGUUGCAAGAGGAGGUACCAAUGAAACUUGAAGCAGGCCAUACUGCUUCUAGUUCCUCUCUUGAAAAGACAUACAAAAGAUCUAACAUGGAUCUCAAUGAAAAUAAUGAAUCUACAUCUCAGAACCUUAGAGAAGAACGAAGCUUUGUCUUUCUUAGCAACAAAAUUGAGCCAACUUCAAUUUUGGAAAAAGCACCACUUCACGAUAAUCUGAAAAAGGAACUUGCUCAGGAUAAGUUUUUAGGCCCUAACUUCGCAGAAUCUUACUCUUGGCCAGCAAUAGCUCGUGGAUGUGACGUACUUACCAUCUCCUAUCAAGGAAAUGACCCUUUCUUAUAUAUUCCACCAGUUCUUGCUUUCUUGCAAAUGGAAAACUGCUACAAAGCCUUGCCAAAAAGAAGUGGACCACUGGUGCUUAUUUUAUGUCCUGGUUGGAGAAAGGCACAGCUUGUUUUUGAGUUACUGAAAAAAUACAGCAGAUGCUCCAGACUGAGUUGUCCGAUGUUGAUAAUACUUGGGAAGAAAAGAGAAGAAGCUGAAACAGUGAAAAUCCAAGGAUGUGAAAUAAUUGUGACUACACCAUACAGUCUCCUGAGAUUGUAUAAAUAUCACCUUUCCUUGUUUUCUGGACUUUGCCAUCUUAUUUUGGAUGAAAUUGAGGUACUAUUCUCUGAAGCUGCUGAACAGGUUUCUGUUAUACUAGGUUACUACAAGAAAAAUCUCGUUACUGAGGAAUGGAAAUACUCACCACAUCAAAUUAUUGCUGUUGGAACUCAAUGGAAUAAGCAUAUAGGAAUCUUAAUAAAGGAGUUCAUGAAUGAUCCUUACAUUGUGAUAACAGCUUUGGAAGAAGCUUCCAUUUAUGGAAAUGUGCAACAGGUUGUGCAGCAUUGUGUGAGCAGUGAGAGAACUGCUGUGUUACUCAAAAUAAUGGAUUUUACUCCUAAUAAUCUUCAGAAGGUGCUGGUUUUCACUAAUUCCAUAGAUGAAGUAGAAAUAGUAUAUCAGGCACUGAAGAGUGACUCAAUAUCUGUCUUCAAAAUACAUAAGGAAAUGGAGUUUAAUUUCAAGGAUUUCUUGGAGCAUUGGACAAGAAGCUAUAGCAGUCGCAGUCAUGUUGUAUUAGUUCUAACAGAUGACUGCAUGCAGUUCUUGGAGAUUACAGAUGCGUCUUGUGUGAUACAUUUCAGUUUUCCUUCUUCUCCAACAAUCUUCGGUCAGCGUCUACACAGCAUGUCUGACAACUUCCAUAAUAUGAUAAAGGAUUCAUCUGAUCAGGACCAUCGACAGGCAAGGUCAGUCAUAAUGCUAACAGAAAACAGUGAGUGCCACACUGUUGGUAUCCUGCGCUAUUUGGAGCGUGCUGAAGCUGACAUUCCACCAGGAUUGGCUGGAGUGCUAGAAGCUGAAGAAAAGAAGAAAUUUGCAAGGCCGUUGUGCACCUAUCUUAAAAUGUUUGGGACUUGCAAGAAUAGAACAGUAUGUCCAGAUCGUCAUCAAAUUAAUUCACAAAUAGACAUGCUCCAGAAUAUGACAUCUAAAACUAUACAAACAUCUGGAUAUGUGACAGUGCUUCCUCUCCACGUUGUAAAUGCAACAAACUACUUUGGUCGUAUUGUAGAUAAACAGAAGGACCAAUAUACGAUUCUUGCUGAAGAAAUCAAUGAGUAUUUUAAGGAGACUAGUAAUAGAGUUGCUGCUCAAAAGGUAGAAAAAUUAGCUUUGUAUGGAUUCUGUGAGGAAACAGUCUUUCACAGGGUCCAGGUGGUAGAGACUUUUUCAAAAGAAGAAGGAAAUUUUAACAUCAAAAUCAAAUACGUAGAUGAAGGCAGAACUAGUCAAGCUCAGAGCUGUCAGCUUCUUCACUUACCUGCAAGAUUUCAGCAUUUGCCACCUCAGGCUGUGGAAUUUGUAGUUUGUAGAGUUAAACCCAUUGAUAAUGACACUGAGUGGAACCCAAGGGUGACUCGUUAUAUUCAUCAGAAAAUUGAAAGGAAACCACAUGAAGCAAAGGUAGUACUUACUUUAGGAAAUACAGUUUGGAUUGACCCAAUGGUCCGGGUUACCAGGCUUUCAGAUUUGAAGAUGUAUGUCAAUGAAUACAGUGUGCGAUCCGAGAUUUUGUCUACAGGUCUGGGAACUGAUAAUCCAGAACAUAUAUUGCAACUUCAGAAGUUGUGUGAGCACAUGAAGUUAAGUCAUGCAAAGAAUUUGGAGCCUUUAAGCAUAAAGGAGGAUGCAGCUAGUCCUGAAAAUGUGUCUGCGCUGCAGGAUGUGUCCCUAAAGGAAAAUUCUUCAGAAAACUGUAAUUCUUCUAAAGCGACUAUGGGGAGUCAUCUGUGUGAUGGUGUUGCUCAAACUAAGGAAGCAGAAGACUCUUCACUGCAUCAGCAGAAAUGUUUCUAUCCAAAAAUAAAAUGGUUUGAAAAUGAAGAGACUGUUACAGUGAAGGUUCGAAUAGCAAGGAUAGCUGACUACAAAUGUGAAUUCUCUAAGGAAAAGGUAAUUUUCAGUGCCUGCUCAGAAGGCAGAUUUUACUUGGCCGAUAUGGAACUGUAUCAGUGUAUACUUACAGAAAAGUCUGCGUGUGUGAUUAAGGAUAAAGAGGCUAUUAUUGUCCUCAGAAAAGAGAAAAAAGGAGCAUGGUGCAAGUUACUAAAGAACAAGAAUCCUCAUGUGUCUUUUGACUUUGAAUACUGGGAAGAUGAUGAAGACAAAAGCCCUUUUCCAGUUGGUACUAAAAAGCUGCAUUGCACUGCUGCAGUGACAGAAGAACUGGUUGACUUUUCAGAAGACAGUGGUGCAGAAAGUGAUGAGUAAUUGGGAAAUGUCUGGUUUUUGUUUCUGUUAAGGUUAAUAUUGUAAAGUAGUAUCUGUUGCACUCCCAAAAUUGAUGGAACUAAAUGUAUAGAUUGCAGAAUUGUCUUUAAUUUUAGGAGGAUGAUGGUAAGCAAAGACCUUACUUGGGUUCUAAGCAUCUGUAGAAAUACUCUACAUGAUAACUUCAUAUAUUUGUAUUCCAGUGUCUUUACUUCAGAACUUUUGGCUUUAAUGAUUUUGUGCAAAUAUGUACAUGUAUUUACGUUGAAGAGCUUCUAAUUUACCUGUCUUAGUUUGCUGUGGUAGCAGUAGAUAAUUUUUUUGUGGUUUAAUAAGUUCUGAUGACUGGUUGAUUGUUUCUACCACAAGCCUCCAUGUGCGUACAGCAUCAGCUUUGUAACUGCCUGUUUGUCAGCUCUGCAUAAAUAAACUCAGAUGGCAAUCUUCCUUUGACUGCAAAUACUUUGACUUGUUAUAAAAUACAAUUCUGUUUGGUAACUAUAGUAACUACUGUACAGCAUCAGUGGAAUUGGUGCCAUGAUAGAAUAUUCAGUGUUUAUUUUCAAUUUCAUGUUUCCACUUUUUCCGAAUUUUUCUUAUUUCAUGCCCUGUUGCUUCUGAAACUCGUCUUGUCUGUGGAAUCUUGUCUGCCUAUCCCAAAGGCUUUGCACUUCUAUAUGUAAUCUUUCAGUAAACAGUUUUUCACUGUUACAUUUGUACACAUUUAAAAAAAUAAAAUAAAA